UUGGUCAUGUGACAGUCACGUGAUACUGUCACCACAUGGUAGUGCUUCCUUCCAAGUUCCUUGAAAGUUAGAGAGACAUUUUAAGAGAAAACAUCGAGAAAGAGAAAAAUAUGCCUACAAAGAAAAAUGGCAGCGCAACGACCAUAACCAGUGACGAGGGAAAGGAGAACAAGGCACCAGCUGUCGACGAGAAGGACCCGAUGUCACUGGCAAUAUCCGUCAUUGAGAAGAAGACGAGAAAUCUUGAGAAGAGAAAGAGUCGUUUAACCGGACUAAAGGAAAGUGGAAAAUCACUAGACAAGGAUCAGCUGGACGCCGUGAGUAAAUUACCCGAGGUCAUCAUUCAAAUUGAGACACUACGGGAUCUACUGAGUACCUUUCAAGAAGCUCAUGCCAGCCAGCAAAAAGAAGUGAAGAAGCUUCAGAAACAGGAGGAGAAACAUCGAAAGGACACGGAGAGAGAGCAGCUGCGGUCUCUCCUAAAGUACACCCUGAGGACCCAGGGGAUCCUCAACCUAAUAGACGAUAGUUCCAAAGAGGUCCUUAGGUCUGGGGAAGGAGAGGGAGUUGUGAAACUGAGCGAGAAAGAACUGACACAGCUGGAUGAGUUUUAUGACUUGGUCAAUCCAACUAGACCGGGAAAUGACAGAUAUGAUCGAUCGUUGCAUGUUGCAUCCGACCAUAUGCUGUCUCUUUUUGAGAAAAGUCAAAAAGAAGUUGUACACACAACUUAUGAUGCCAUGCACUCACUGCUUCACAAGUUGGACGUUUGUGGAUACUUUGAUAAAGUAGUGGAAGAGAAAGAGGAGGAGGAGGAGGAAGAAGAAGAAGUUGACGUGGCCCCUCCCACAGCUGCUGUCGAAGAAAUAAGAGAAGAACCAGUUACAGCUGAUACUUCUGGUAGGGUACAGUCUCCUGAAAGAUUACCCCAGCAGCAGCAGCAGUAUACUGGAGGUGUGACUAAAGAAACUGAUCCUUCGGAAGAACCCUUUGUUCCUCUCGUUCCCAUGACAACAGAAGGGUACCACCCCUCAGCCCCUUCCCCCGAUUUCUCUGGUCUCCAGUCGACUGCUCUAUCACCUCUUGAUGAACUGACCUUCAUGAGGGAGUCUCCAAAGCCUGCCUCACAGCAGCAAAAUGAUGGGCAGUUAGGGGGAGGAGCUUAUUCUUUUGAUGUUAACGAGACGUCUCAUCAAUCAUUUUCGUCUUUCCCAGCUACAGGAGGCCACACCCAUCAGCAAGACUCUGCCCGAGUGAUGGGACUCCUUGAUGAGCAGUAUGUUCCUGAGACUGGUCAGCAAGUCACUGGAGAGAAAGACAAAGACAUUAGAGAAGGAGAAGCAAUCCAGUCCUCAUCAGUUGGAGGACCCCCUCACUACAAUAAGGCUGGAGGCACUGGGUACAGGAGCAACCCUGGUGCUGGUACUGGCGGUGGAAGGCAAUGGCGCGGCAACGGCAGUUACCGUGGCAACCGUGAGAUGUACAACGGCAGUGGUGGAGGAGGUUACAAUAGCAGAGGGUACCCAAGAGGAGGCGGGGCAGCAUCUGGCGGAAACUUCAGGGGAGGAAGCAACAGAGGUGGUCGUCCAAAUUACGCAUAUAACAAUAAUCGUUCCGGUAAUAGAGGAGGCGGGGCAGGAGGGAGUGGCUAUAGGUCCAACCCUCGUGCCACUGCUGCUCAGUAGUCAUUAGUGGGCGUGGUCCAGUUAAUUAAUAGUUAUCACAAGAACAAAAAGCGUUAAUCAAUGUCUGUAAUUAUUAUUGUUAUUAUUAUUAUUAUAUGAUUAUUUGUGAUUUCUUAUUUGUUUCGAAUCAUUUUUCAAUGGAA